AUGCCAAGCUACAUCGACCAACCCUCGGCAAACGCAGCGAACAGCAAUAACGAGACCGAUUGGCAGGACAUCGCAGAUGUUUUCACUGAUUUCUACGAGCGGGCGUACCGACAUCGUGCAGCAAUGACUGGAAACGAUGACGAGCAGGCGUCCGGCCGGGCCCGCGGCCAGGGCCUCAUCCACGGAGACCCCCACCCCGGGAACAUCUUCGUCGAGCGAAAGAGGGACGACCCCUCGCAGCUGCGGCCCGUGCUCCUCGACUGGGGCCUGGUCAGGCAGCUGAACGACGAGGAGAGGCUUGCCAUGGCGCAGUGGGCUGUUGCGACGAUGUCUCGCGACCGCAUCAUGUACAUGUCUGCGCUCCAGAAGUUGGGGUUCUCAUUCAAGGAGGACUUCGAGGAGAUGGAGCUCGAGGACUGGCUGAUCGCGUCCGCGUAUGCCCUCCGCGACUCGAUCCCCAGCGCCUCGCAGUGGGAGCUCAUGGAUCAGCUGAGCCGGCAGCGCGAGGACAUCGAGGACCUCAUCCGGGAGGAGAGGGGGGCCGACGGCCUCAAGCAGGCCGAGCGGCAGCGGCCCACGGGGUCGCAGGUGGAGAACGUGCCCGGCACCGUCCUUUUCUUCCUACGGGGACUCGAGCUGCUGCAGUCCGUCUGCGGUGCGCUGGACGUCUCGGUACGGGUCGCGGAGCUGAUCCUGGGGCAGGCCAUGCCCGUGCUGGAGGCCUCCGCCUCCGCCGCGCUGCUGAGCAGGGCCCCGGCCGCCGCAGCGGGCGGCUCCCGGCUGGAGCUGGCAGCCCGGGGGAAGCUGGAGGAGCUCUCCAAGACGGGCGCGGUCCUGGGCGCCCAGGUGUGCGUCUUGGAUAGCGAGGGCACCGCCGCAGGAGAUUGGUCUUGCAACAUCGCCUUCGGGCGGAUCGCGCACGCCGGGGCGCAGGUCACCGAGGGGACGCUGAUGCCGCUGCUGGACGUCGGCGUCGGGGUGCUGGUGCUCUGCUUCCUGCGCGCCCUGUCCGCGAAGGGCCCGCAGCGGCAGCUGGACGCGCGGGUGUCCGAGCUGUGGCCAGAGUUCGCGCGGGAGGGCAAGGGCAGGGUCAGCCGCGGGGGCAGGUCCUGCACCACACCGCGGGGCUGUCGCGGCCGUUCCCGCGGACGCUGA